AAUCAUACCCCUUAAACCCUGAAGGUGAAGGACGGCCUCACCAAUACUAUUACUAAUGGCCAGGAAGGGAAGCAAGUAACUAGUAGAGAGUAAUUGCGAAGAUCUCAGAUGGCUUCACCGGCACCGGUCUCUCUGCCAUCUACGGUUUCUUCACGCUUUCCUAUAUUCAGGGGCCAACAAUGGCAACUCUAUAGGGGCUCAGCAGUAUGUGCAUGGAACUCCCGAACAUCUGUCACUUGUUGUGUAAGACCUCCCACAAUGGCACUGUUUCGUGAGCCUCCAAAAAUCAUGGUACACCUGAAUAAUUUCAGGGAGAGAUUGUGGGAGGUUGUCCCUCGUUCAGUUAAAGAUUUUCCCUGGAAGAAGACAGAGGAUAUACUGCUACAACAAUCGCUGCUUGUUGGACGUGAGGCUUUGAAGUGGUUACUUCUUUUGCUGUAUGUUUGUAGUUCAGUGUCAGAUGUUAUAUACUCCAUCUCUAGGAACAAAGAGUUAACGAUUCCCUUUGGUCUCUUUGUUGGUUGUAUGGUGGCCAACUUCUUGGUGGAUACGUCUCAAGAAUUGUUCCCUAUCUCACAGAUUUUCUGUUGGGCAGGAAAGAAGUGUGCACUGGCACCUUUGUCGAAUAGGUGGUUUUUUGGCUCUUGCAAAGAUCAUGCUUUCAUAUUACAAGGUACAAGGAGGAAUGUUUCUCCUGCAUGCUGCUAAUGGUGGGUUGAUGCAAAUUCUGUGGCUCUGGAGAAACUCAACGGAGAAACAAGACAUGGACACGGGCGAUUACACUUUGCAGCAAGACAGUUCUGUGGCGCAAAUGUUGGACGACUAAGUGGAAAGCAAGCUCUUCUGCUGAACGUUUGGAGUUUGUGUAUCGCCGCCUUCUUUCCUCAAAAUCGAGUUACUUGUAAUUUUUUUGUAGUCUUUAUGGGUCUUUGAAGUUUGAAGUAAUAGUAAUCAAAGACCACUAUUGUACAUCUGUUUGUGGCUAUCAAAUUUUGGACACACUGAGCAGUUGAUAUGCUGUAAAACUGUACUUUCUCCUCCUGUUUGGUUAUCUAUGUUUGAAUUAGAUGUGUGGAUACUUGAUCAUUUUUUUAAAUAAAAUAUUAAAAGAGUAUUUCAAC